UCUACUAAUUCUCCUUCCUAACAAAUAAACCUUUCAAUUAAAUAAUCAAUUAACUCUUAAUUAAUUAAUUAAUUCCUUCAUCAACAACUUUCCCAAGCAAAGCAUUUUUCAAUCUCAUUAAAAACCCUUCAUUUCAUUCAUCAUAAAAUCAAACAUUUCAACCCAACUAAUUAUCAUUUAUCAACACCAAUAUACUCUGUUUUCCUACAACAAUGUCACCUAAAGAAGAAGCACCUGCCGCAGCAGCAACCGAAGCACCAAAAAUGGCACCCCAACAACAACAAGAAGCAGCCCCUGUUAAAACCCACAUUCCAACAUCCAAGUAUUCUAAGAGGGUAGUGUUGAAAACCUUGUUUAGCCGGGAAGAUCGCGGUAUCGGAUUGUCCGGAGAAAGAAUUGUGAUUGGAGGUUGGGUUAAGUCUUCUAAAGAGGUGAGGAAACAACCACCUUUACCUCAACCUGAUACUACUCAACCUCAACCGGGGGCGAAAGCCGGGCAGAAGGAUGUGACUUGUACUGAACUUUUGCAGAAUCGAAUGCCGAUUUUUCGUACAUUCUUGAAGCUCUUUGGAGUUGGCACUCAUAAUGAGAAAGAUUCAGCCGGAGGCUUAACAUACAGAGUGCAACAUCCUGUUAUGCCCACUGUGUUUUUGCAAAUCAGUGAUGGUUCUUGCAUUGACAGUCUUCAGGUUGUGGUGGACUCAACUCUGGCUCCUCCAGGACAAAUAUUGCUAAGUGGUACUUGUAUUCUGGUGGAAGGUGUUAUACAGCCGCCUUCGACGGGAGGAAAGCAUAGCAUCGAGGUGAAAGCCGAAAAGGUGUUACAUCUUGGUGUAGUAGAAGAUCAUGAAAAGUAUCCCUUAUCCAAGAAAAGACUCCCUUUGCACACUUUAAGGGAUUGGGCUCAUUUUCGUCCUAGGACAACUACAGUCGCUUCCAUUACAAGAAUUCGACAUUCCCUUUCACACGCGACACACAACUUCUUUCAGAACAAUGGGUUCCUUUACGUGCAAGUGCCUGUUAUCACAACCACGGAUUCUGAGGGUUUGAGUAACAAGUUCAAUGUUACAACACUUCUUGGUAAGACAACAGAGGAACCAUCGAAUAAGCCAAGUGUAGUAAGAAAACAAGUUAGUGGUGUUAGCCUUGAAUCCAUUAAGGCUUCUCUUAAGGAGAAGAGUAACCAAGUGGAGGAGCUAAAGAGGACAGACAGCAAUAGGGAAGCAUUACUUGCCGCGAUUCAGGAUCUUAAGAAGACAAACGAGCUUGCUUCGCAGUUGGAGGCCAAGGAGAAAAAAGAGAAAGCAAAGGCUACUGCUUUGGUUAAGCCUGAUAGACUCGAUUUCACAGAUGAUUUCUUUUCCUGUCAAGCUUUUCUUACAGUCUCAGGGCGGCUUCAUCUCGAAAGUUAUGCUUGUGCACUUGGUAAUGUGUACUCCUUUGGUCCAAGAUUUAAGGCUCAGACUUCUCAUUCUACUAGGCAUGUUUCUGAGAUGUGGAUGGUCGAGGCUGAAAUGGCUUUUGCUGAACUAGAGGAAGCCAUGUGCUGUGCUACUGAUCUUUUGAAGCACUUGUGCAAAUGGGUGCUAGAAAAGUGUAAUGAAGACAUGAAGUUUGUCCUAAAACGGGUGGAUCAAAGCAUUGUUGGCCGUCUACAAUCCGUUGUAUCGACAAACUUUGAGAAACUACCUUACUGUAAGGCCAUUGAUAUUCUGAAACAGGCUAAAGAGCAGAAGUUCGACAUGGAUAUCGAAUGGGGUGUUCCUCUUACUGAAGAACAUGAAAGCUAUUUGGCUGAUGAAAUCUUCAAAAAGCCAGUUAUCAUUUAUGAUUAUCCUAAGGAAGUUAAGCCCUUCUAUGUUCGCCAAAAUGAUGAUGGAAAGACAGUUGCCGCGUUUGAUGUUAUUGUGCCUAAGGUAGGAGCUGUGAUAAGAGGAAGUCAGAAUGAAGAACGCGUUAAAGUGCUAAGUACAAGAAUCAAGGAACUAGGCCUGUCAAGUGAACAAUAUGAAUGGUACUUGGAUCUUCGUCGAAAUGGGACAGCCAAACAUGCUGGAUUUAGUCUCACUUUUGAUCUAAUUGUUCUUUUGGCUACUGGAAUCUCGGAUAUUCGUGAUGUUGUCCCAUUUCCAAGGAGCUAUGGAAAAAUUAGCAACUAAUCUCUGCAACUUUAUUUUCUGAAGCUUACUGUAACAAUUCUACAGGGUCUGAAACAGAACAAAGACCAGGAAUAUGUACAUGAGUAGUUUAUAAUCAUGUAAUGUUUACUACAAUGAUUUUAAAAUAUAUUUUAUGUAGGUAAAUAUCAUAAGAUUCAUAACAAAAGUAUAGUGAUGUAAAUGAAAUGUAAAAUGCUGUAUACCUGUUAUUACUUAUGUAAUUAUGUUA